AUGGUGAAUUCUGGAGGGCCAGUCUCUAUGAAGCAGCUGACUGUUAUCAGCUAUUUGUGUGUCUAUAUAAGAUUUGUCAAGGAUGGAUCACUACUGUUAGCCCUGCUGGCAUGGGCCACAGUGAACUUAGGCGAGUUUAUGGGGAGUGUAAUGAGUGCCUACCAGGAUUCGGUAGACUCAGAUGCAGAAGAUAUGGAGGGAGCUGGAAGGCUCUCCGUGGUAAAAGCUGUAAUGCACAAGGGGUUGAAAUACACGCAGGCUAUUCUCAUGCUGCAGGUAAUAUAUGCUGUUUCAUACCACAUGAAAAUGGAUUUAGAAGGUGACUUUUGUCGUCGUAGGGGUGCUUAUAUACUUCUUUUGUUAGUUGGUGAACAAGAAUGUGGUCGUGGUGGUCGUUGGAUGCUAUUAGCGCUUGAUUGGGUUAUACUUCUUAUGCAACUGGUGUUAAUAACCAUGGAAUUGACUCCGGAUGAUGGCAGGAAUUGUCAUGAACUAGACCAACUAGAUACAGAUCGGUAUGGAGCGCUAGCCAUUCUACAAUUUAAUCCGUACUCGGAACCUUCUUCUAUGCCAGAAUUGCCUGUUACCCGGGGAAAUCACUACGGAAGCAUAUGA